GGUUAUCAUUAAUACAAUUUAUCAUAUUUUCAAACACACGAAACUGAACCAUUGUAAAUUGUUUUGAAUCAAACUCGCGAGAAAGCGGUGGAAGAAGGGGAACUUACUCAGAAUGACAUACACCAUGAAAGAAGAUCACGAGACAGAAGUUAAAAAGCAAGCUGCUGCCGAUGUAUUGUUUCAUUAUUCAAACUUUGCGAUGGUGUGCAUUGGAUGCAAGGUUCGACCAUGCGAUCUGAGGUUCCAUUUGAUGAAGGAGAUUUCGGGUAUGCCCACUUCUCUAAAUAGGGAAUCACCACAGAAUGCAGCAUCUCCUGAUGCAAUGGGUGAGUCGUCAAGCACAGGAACAGCAAGACUUGACCGAGCAGACAGUUUUCGUGCACUAUAGUUAAGGGUGGACUGUGACCAUUCAUAGUAGUUGUUCGUGUCUUCAUAAAAUCACUUUUCUAAUCAUUUAUGCAAUGGUAUAGAUGUAGGCAGAAUUAUGUUUCCAACUACCAUCUAUCCAAUGGCUCACAGAUUGGUAUUUAUUAUACCACAGACAGUCAUUUCAUUUUACAUUUGCUGUAGUGGAUCAAUUUUUUUUCAUGAGUAAGUAAAUGCUGCUUACAGUGAUUGUCUCGAGUGAAGAUUUGUGUGUGACCGUAUAGGAAAUAAAUAGGUUUAAUUA